UUCACGAAUUACCAUCCAAGGAACGAAGUAAAUCGGCAUCCGAAAAUCGAAGCAAGAUCCAAACAAUCUCGGCCAAUAAUCCACCACAGGAAAAGGAGAAAAAUGGAUUUCAGAAUUGUGGGUUUAGACUCUCCGUUUCUUAGCUCUCUCCACCAAAUGAUGGAUCUUUCCGAAGACUCGGACAAGAUCCCCAACGCACCAUCCAAGGUUUACGUGCGUGAUGCCAAGGCCAUGGCCGCAACCCCAGCUGAUAUUAAAGAGUACCCCAAGUCUUACGCCUUCAUCAUCGACAUGCCGGGGCUGAAAUCAGGGGACAUCAAGGUGCAGGUGGAGGGCGACAAUGUGCUGUUGAUCAGUGGAGAGAGGAAGCGAGAGGAGGAGAAAGAAGGAGCCAAGUAUAUAAGGAUGGAGAGGCGGAUCGGCAAGUUCAUGCGCAAAUUUACACUGCCUGAGAAUGCCAAUACCGACGCUAUCUCUGCGGUUUGUCAAGAUGGGGUUCUAACUGUGACCGUGGAGAAACUGCCACCGCCUGAGCCUAAGAAACCCAAGACCAUCGAGGUCAAAAUUGCUUGAGCCAGUUUCACAAUUACGGUCGUUGCUAGUGUAGGCCUUUAAAUAAGUAGGCGGUUGUUGCCCUGUGAGUAGUUGUACUGUUUGCCGUGCUUGCUUUUGAAUUUGUUGUCUGAGCUCUCUUUGUUGUGCUGUUGAAAUCAUGAAAUGCAGUUGUUAUUAAAUACUACUAGUAUUUUCCUGUA